CUUUAAUCUUUACGAAAAUGGGUAUUGACAUCAAGAAGCACCACGUUCGCAACAAGAACCGUCAGGCUCCCAAGUCUGAGGAUGUCUACCUGUUGUUGCUUGUCAAGCUCUACAGGUUCCUCGCUCGCCGCACGGACUCUUCCUUCAACAAGGUGGUCUUGAAGCGUCUCUUUAUGUCACGUGUGAACCGCCCUCCCAUGUCCAUCUCCCGUAUUGCACGCAACAUGGCUGGCAAGCAGGGCAAGACUGCCGUCAUUGUUGGCUCGGUCACCGAUGACAUUCGCUUUCUUGAGGUCCCCAAGUUGUCGAUCGCUUGCUUGCGUAUCACCAAGUCAGCCAAGGCCCGUGUCUUGAAGGCUGGCGGUGAGGUCAUUACCUUGGACCAGCUUGCUCUCCGUGCCCCCACUGGUGCCAACACUGUCUUGCUUCGUGGCAAGAAGAACACCCGUGAGGCCGUCAAGCACUUUGGCAUGGGCCCUGGUAAGCACGCCAAGCCCUAUGUUCAGAGCAAGGGUCGUAAGUUCGAGAAGGCCCGUGGUCGUCGUGCUUCCCGCGGCUUCAAGGUUUAAAAGACAAAAAAAAAGAAAGAAAGAAAUAUCCUUCACUCCAUCCUCUCUUUUUCUUGGACAAUCUUUUUUUUCCCUUUCCUUGUUGAUGUAUUGGAGAAAGUGGGUAAUGCCAGUCAAAUUCUGCAA